UUGAAAGUACCUGCAAAUUGGGGUAACGGAUUGGACUUUGAGGGGCUGUGCAUUUGUUAGAUGGAAAGUUCUAUUAUCACUCAAGUGCAGAAAGAAGAUAGUCAACUGCCGUCCAAAACAGGCCAGGUGAACAAAUCUUCCCCAAAGAAGCCUCGGAGCCGAAAUAUCUUCAAAGCGCUCUUCUGUUGCCUCCGAGCACAGGAUGCCUCUCAGCCUCCACCCCCUGCCCAGGAUACCUUACUUCCUCCUGAGGACAAUGGGACGAUCGCCAAGGUCCCAGAGACCAGUCUACUGCCAGAGGUAACCCUUGAGGAUGAGGGCAAGAUCUGUGUGGUCAUUGACCUGGACGAAACGCUGGUGCACAGCUCAUUCAAGCCCAUCAGUAAUGCUGACUUCAUUGUACCUGUGGAGAUUGAAGGAACAACACACCAGGUUUUCGUCCUGAAGAGGCCACAUGUCGACGAGUUCCUCCAAAGGAUGGGAGAGCUGUUUGAGUGUGUUCUCUUCACUGCAAGUCUUGCAAAGUAUGCAGACCCAGUGACCGACCUUCUAGAUCAGUGUGGUGUGUUCCGGACGCGUCUCUUUCGGGAGUCCUGUGUGUUCCAUCAGGGCUGCUACGUCAAGGACCUGAGCCGCCUGGGCCGCCAGCUCAACAAGACCCUCAUCCUGGACAACUCCCCCGCCUCCUACAUCUUCCACCCUGAGAAUGCUGUGCCUGUGGUGUCCUGGUUUGACGACCUGGAGGACACAGAGCUGCUGAGCCUCCUGCCUGUCUUUGAAGAGCUGAGUGAGGCGGAAGACGUCUACGCCAAACUGCAGCAGCUACGGGCCCCCUGACACGACACACCCCCUCUUAUAAGCCAGAAUCUCCCCCUCCCAGCCAGACCACACCCAUCAACCGACGGAAAAAGACCAAACCUUACUUACAUACACACACUGUGUGCGGUGUUAGUAUCCUAGACACACUCAGUAGUGUGUUUGUUUGGCCCCUGAACUUUGUGUCUGGACGGCUGUCCACUGUUCCUACUAUUUUCCCCUCAGUAUGUUAGCUGGUGCUGCAAAACUGCUGUUCUGGAAAAAAUCCAACAAACACAAUGCAAAGUGGCUCACUCUUUUCUCAUUUUAAAUGUACUCAAACACAUACUAGUACUCAAAUCAUUUAAACUGACUGGCCAGAUCUUUGUUUCUCCAAAAACGAGACUUAGAUUUCAUAGCACUAAUUGCGACACAAAACAAUUGACUGUACACACAACAUCUCUGCUUCGACAACAAUCUCUGUACAAACACUUUGAAGGGGGACUCUAAAGCAUUGCAAGGAAACUACAAAAACCACAUAGUGAUUUUAAUUUCCAUUUCGUAGUACAACGGCCUGUAUAAAGGCGUUUUUUAAGGAAGUUUCUCCUGAAUGGAUUGAGUCCUUCAGGAAAUUAAAUGUAAAAGAUAAACCCAGUGGUCUUUCUGAUCCAAGGCCAGCAUGACAUGACAUUACAGUGCAUGACAUGACCUCAUUUGAGCAGACCUUACAUGGGGAGCAAAGGAUCUCCAUCUUUGUGCCUUCUGAAAAGAAAAAUAUAUUAAUUCUGUUUUGGUUUUGUUUUUGAAGUAAGAAAAAAUUGCGUUCUUUCCAGAAAAUGGUUCUUUUUCAAUUGUUAGGUUUUUCUAUACAUUUUUGAGAUGUCUUUUAAAUGUUUGAUAUGGUAAGAAGUGUAGAUGACUUUUGUAAUGUCUUGGAUGUUGAGGAAGAACAGCCAUACGUUAACAGCCUCUGUAUGUUGUAUUUACAUGAAAUCCUCCAUUCUCAUUAGCUGACGAUAACCUAAUCCCCGGCCAAUAGGGACCAUUACAAACCAAGGGUCACACCAUCGUGUAAAGGCAGGGCUGUAACAUAAACCCUGCCUCUUUAUGCAGAUUCACCCUGAGAUGCAUCAGGUACAGGACACUUGAACUGGUUUCCCUACAUUUUUGGCGCCCCCUUUAAAAAAUGCCCUUUAAAUGAACAGACUAAUUUAGACUUUAAAGUUCGGUAGCAAAUUUGGAGUGAUUCUCUGCUGGUGUAUAGUCUGCUAAGGAUGCCAUAUUGGUUAAACCGAGGCCUUUUUGUUACAUUUUGUGUCAAGCCUUCUGGGUGCCAUAUUUGGGUCGCGUGAGGGACUUGUGAUAAGUAGGCUGCUAAGGGUGAACACAAUGCACACUAGUUUACCCCCUACCGGUUGCCCUUUAUCCAUAGUUUGCCAAGUCAUUUCCACUCAACUUUUACUAUUUUAAAAUGUAUCCUAUUUAAAGUAAGAUAUUUUGGUUUGUAAAAAAAAAAAAACGACACUGCUGAGAAGUAAAAGUAUGUGUUUUACAAAUUUUCUUUGCGUUAUUGCCUGUUCCAGAGGUUUGACAGUACUCACACUGACAUAUCUAAGGUUUUGUACACAUUGUGGGGCGGCAGUGGUUUUGUGGUGGCAAAAUAUGGAUUGAUUUAGCAAGAUAUGUUCUAUUGCUCAAAUUGUAACUGUAAGCACACACAGGCAUGCCCAAUCCUGACUAGUCACUGUAUCCCAAAGAGAUUUGUUUUGUGGUUGUUUUAUUCACAAGAUAAAACACCGCCUUGUACUAUUACACUCUAUGAAGUGCCUAUGGUUUCUUUCUGCGUUGAAAGCUUUAGAAUAAAACAUCAAGGGUCUCCAUCAUCCCCAUUUUUCAUUUUAGAAUUUUACAACUGAUAACCUGUCUAGUGUUGUUCGGAAAUUGAGUAAUCCACAAAUCGCUCUUUGCCACGUGAUGCUACUCCACUGUUUCAUUGGGAUUCAAAGAAAGGGCAGUGUGUUGUAAUGUUGUGGACCCCACAUCCACACCGUCAGAGAAAUGUAUCUACUGCAUGUUUGUCAUGUGUUCUGUAGAUAUUUAUAAGCGUGUUAAUCCCUGGCUGCAUUGCAAAUGGCACUCUAUUCCGUAUAUAGUGCACUACUUUUGACCAGAACUAUGGGCUCUGGUUAAAAGUAAAAACUAAAAACGGUUUUAUUGUCACAUACACUGGAUAGGUACAGUGAAAUGUGUUGUUUUACAAGGUCAGCCAUAGUAUUACGGUGCUCCUGGAGCAAAUUAGGGUUAAGUGCCCUGCUCAAAGGCACAUCGACAAAUUUCUCACAUUGCCAGCUCGGGUAUUCGAACCAACAGCCUUUCAGUGACUGGUCCAACGCUCUAACCGCUAGGCAGUGCACUAUAUAGGGAAUAGAUUACCUUUUGGGACGCACAAGAAUCCUCUUCUUUUGUCAGUUGGAUAGGAUGUUAAGUUUUGUCUUCUGGUGGUGGGAUUUGGUGGAGGGUGCACAAGGUGUGACCUGACUGUGUUAUUGUUAUGUCUGAAACACGAAAGGUAAAGUGGGGUCAUAGACAUCAGUAUUUACCAAAGCUCAACACUUUUAUUUUGUGGAGGUGGGUUGUAGAAGGGGAGGGGUGUGGGCACCAAAUAUUCACACUACAACUUCAACUUCACUACAAAUUAAAGCAUUCUUGCGCCAGUUUCCCUUCUUCUAGUCGAAAGAACCAGUAUUGUUGCAUUAAACAUGCAGCACUUCACUGUCAGUAAUGGUGAAUCGGUAAAAGAGGCCUACAUGAUACCUGGUAUAUUCAGUCAAAAUGUCUACUGACAUGAAAUUACUAAAUGUAGUGAAAGAUAUUGGCAUUCAAAUCAGAGGUGACAUGUCAAACGUUAAUUACAGUCAUGUUAUGGAUCAUGGUUUCAGGAGAAAGUUUAUCGUCUAUGAUUGUGAGGUAAUAUGUAACGUCUAUGAAAUGCAUGCUAUGGCCCUCAACAAAUGCGACUUUAAAAAUGUCCUGUGUUUGAUUCAAAUAUUGUUUACUCUUAAGUGAGAAAUACAAGAUUUCAUGAUCCCUUUGUUUCUAUGCAUCGGAAUGAUGCAAUUAUAAUUGAGAUCAUACUAUUGAUUUUAUCUUCCACAUAUACAUUUUAUUUUCUCAAAGACCUGGAGAGAAAUAAAGUAAAGAACCAGAGUGUUAUGUCCUUGAAAUUAGUUUGUCCUAAAAAGUCCAAUUGUAAAAAUAAAUAAAAAAUAAUUAUUGGUACUUGGUAAUUCUUUUCUUUUUUACAUGAAAUAUUAUAAGCAAAUAAUGGAUUGAAAUAUAGCCCUAAAAAGCUUUGUGUUCUCUUGUUUUGGACAUGGAUUAUUCCUAUUUGGAUUAUUUUGUCAUUUCUAACAUAUAUGGAGAUCUUUCUGCAAUCUCUUUAUUUUAAGUGUUCAGUUGGUUUACUUACUGUGCGGCUUCUUAGAUGCCAACCAACGAUCAGAACAAAAUAAGGUAUGAUUCAGAGGGUACAAUCUAUUGAUGCCUGUAUGUCUAUUGAUCAAUCUAUUGAAUAGAUUGUCAUGGUGACCAAUAUAGUAUUUUCUGAUAAUUGAUGGGAAAAUUUUCAGCAAGUAAGUUCUGUUUGGAUCAAAUUAUUUUCCCAUUUUAGAUUUUUUUUGUUAACUGGAUUCUUUAAUGGGUUGAUUGUGUGGUUGGGUCAGGAUUUGUGUACCAUGAACAAACUGCUGAUCUUACACAGAAACUAUGCAGAAGGAGAUACUGAAAUACAUACAGUAUAUUGCUAAAACGAUCAACCCAGUGGGCACAGACAUCAAUUCCACAUUGGUUCAAUGUAAUUAUGUUGAAAUGACGUGGAAACAACGAUUCAACCAGUAUGUGCCCAGUGGGAACUAUUACUCUUGAAAAUAUGUUUUGUACAGCUAUUUUCUGAAAACUUUAACGUAAGAUUCCUGCAUUAUAUUUUUGGGGGCUUUUUUGUUAAACUAGCAAUUCUGAAAAUUGUUUUUCAAAGAUGGAAUAAAAAAAUUGAUUAUAGUGA